CAUGUUCACACCAUGUUAAGCCAGUAGCAUCCGACCAAUCGAUGUGACCAGCUGCCAUCGCUCAGCGGCAUUUUUGCCUGAAGGCUCUCAACUCUUGUAUGGGGCGUCCAUCGCCAAGAAAUGGGGACUACGCGGAGGAUCUUGAGCUACAGGCCCGACGGAAGAACCCACGGUCACGCCGUGGUUCUCGUUCGAAGGUCAGAGCUGAUUCACGUGAUCGAGAGGCCCAGGACUACAAUGGUUCACAUGGUAGAGGGCGUUCCUCUCGGUGGCACAGAGAUGACCGGCACUACGACCAUGCCAAUUGGAAUCAGAGAGACAGCAGGUCACGCAAUGCGCGAGCCAUACACUUGGAUAGCUGUGCUGCUUUGUUGCCAGAAGACCCUUCAAUCUUUCUAUUUGCACACACGGGUCCAUCACCAAGCUGACCACUGUAGUCGAAAAUGCAACGCAACCGUGAGUUUCCUGAUCUUGUUUAAAGUUUUUGCCAAAGUGUUCCACAUACACAGAGUUGCUCAGUGGGUUACUGCAAUGACAACCUGGAAGGACAACGCCUGGCGAUCAAAUUGGAAGGAGGACGUGAGGGAAUGGGGUGAGGCCGACAGUCGAUCUCGCCGGUCCAGAGAACGGCAAAGGGAGCGGAACAGCAGCCGCCCCCGAAGUGCUGGAAGGAACGGCUGGGAUGGCAGCUGGCGAAGAGGAGACGCAGCUCAAGAGCAUCACUCUUGGAGGCCUGAGCGAUCUCGAAGCCGGUCCUUCCAGGAGGGCUACGGCUAUGGCUACGGGCAGAGCCGCAAAGGACCCGACACUGGCUCUCGAGAGGCGCAGGUAGAUCUUCCAAAAGAGAAGAAGAAACCAGGCGCUAAACGGCUCGCAGGUCGAAAACGCAGCCUGCGUCAGGAGUCCAGAGCGGAGGACGGAGACCUACAAAAGACGGCAUACGAUCCAUACCAAUUGAUUGAUCCAAGUGAGCAGGUGAAACCGAAGGUGCUUGUUCCAGAUCCUGAGAGCGAGCAGAAUGAGCUUGGCACAUCCCAGGUCCACAGACCUUUGCACAACAGUAGCCGUGGCUACCGGGCGCGCAGUCGAAGCGGCAGCCGGAGCAGCUUCUACAGCUACUCCAGCUAUGGGAGCUACUAUUCGAGCUGGUCGACUGGUAGCUCACCAAGGAGAGCUAAUUCCAGAAGUCCAUCACCAGGACGGCCAAGCCGCCCUCUUAGGCCGACGGAAGCUCCACCAGGGCCUCCACCAGGCAGCUGGUCCCAGCCACAGGAGGCUGCUGUGCCAUCCAGUGUGCCUGCCAUGUCGACCGGCUCAGCAUCGCCCCCGCAAUACUCUAUUCAACCAGGUCCAUCUGCCGCAAGCACGCCAGCAUGGGACUACAGAGGACAUCCUCCUGGACAUUAUCCUCAUCCUCAUGCUCCUCCAGGGCAUGUACAGCCUGCGCCACAUUUUUACCGCCCCUCCCCAUAUGCGCACUACCCAGCCCCUGGCUUCCCUGCACCGCCACCGGGGUACGCUCUACAUCCUUUUGCACCAGCGCUUGGCUAUGGUAAAUUGCAGGCCCGAGCGCACCACCACAAUGGACACAGACGAGGCCCCAUAGAAGACAGGGGAUGCAGCACUUCGCCACCGAGGCGAAACAAGAAAAAGCGCCGGAAGAAUCGCAGACCGAAAAGCCCUGGAGAGCCGCCUCCUAAAUGGGGUGAGACAUGGGAGGAACCUCGCGCGUCCAAUGGUUUGAAGCUCAUCCACGAGUUGGCUCCAAAGGGCUUGAAGUGGAAGCUUGUGCUGUGCGAUGAUUCUCGCCGCAGCUACGCGGCCUUCAUGCCCUCGCCUGUGCAGCAGGAUCGAUUGGCGACAUUCUUUAAGACCAUUCUGGAGAACACUGAGUGGCAACAGCCCGAAGGACCUCACGGGCUUAUGCCCCGAAAGACCGCCUGGGUGGUGAAACCUGGGUGCAGGUGUUCCUACAGAUAUGGUGGUGUCGUCAUCCCACCGCAGGAGUUCCCUCCUUGGAUGACUGACCUACUCCGAACCUACAUGCCCUACUGUGGCAAGAAGAAUGAAGAUGAGUGGCCGGACAGUUGCAACGUCAACCUCUAUGAGGAUGGGUCCCACGCUGUCGGCUGGCACACUGACGAUGAGGCCUUAUUCCAGAGUCUCCACGAAGAUGUGGCGAUUGUUUCGCUGUCUCUCGGACAAGCGAGAAAGUUUGACUUGAAAAAGAAUUGGCCGGAGGAGGGUGAAAAAGUCCAAGAGCGCCUCCACUUGGGCAAUGGUGCCUUGGCAACCAUGGAGGGAAUGCUGCAGAAGCACUACAUGCACCGGGUUGCCAGAGAGGAUGAGAGCCUUGGCCCUCGCAUCAACCUCACAUGGCGUUGGAUCAAAAAAACACUCAAAGGCCUGCCCGAAAGCACGAGGCUGAGCCGAGAGCAAAGCUUUUUCCGCUAGAAAACUGGCCAAGAUUUGCAAAUCAUGGUUCUUAGACCAUGAUGCCUCUUGCCAAAACUGCUGUGCAUCGAAGCGAUCUGGAGUAGACUGC